CCGGGUGGUCAGCGGCAGGCGGAGCUCGGUGGUUCCGGCCGCAGCGUCCCACCGCCCCGUGUCUCGUCGCAGCCUCGGCAGAGGGGACGGACCCAACCUCCCUCCGUCAGAAAAAUGUCGGCUCCAGCCCAGCCACCUGCCGAAGGGACAGAAGGGGCCGCCCCAGGUGGGGGUCCCCCUGGCCCUCCUCCCAACAUGACCAGUAACAGACGACUACAGCAAACGCAGGCGCAAGUGGAGGAGGUGGUGGACAUCAUGCGUGUGAACGUGGACAAGGUCCUGGAGAGGGACCAGAAGCUCUCCGAACUGGAUGACCGAGCUGACGCCUUGCAGGCAGGUGCAUCCCAGUUUGAGAGCAGUGCUGCCAAGCUAAAGAGGAAGUAUUGGUGGAAAAACUGCAAGAUGAUGAUCAUGCUGGGAGCUAUCUGUGCCAUCAUCGUGGUAGUUAUUGUAAGUAAGUAUCGCUGAGGUUGCUCGUGGGGUGAAGAGGUGGGAAGGUCCCGGAGUCUCCUCCCAGCCCUGCCUGCCUGCCUGCCUGCCUGGGGAGUGGGGCUGCUCUGACUGAGGUAUGGAGACCGCUGCUGGGGGAUCAUCGCCUGGUUCGGGAGGGCGGAAGGGCGUAGCCAAGGGGCUUCCUCAAUGGACAGGCCUGCUCCUUGCAAGGAUUGGCGGGGAGGAGGCCCCUCCUGUUCUGAGGAAGUGGGGCUGGCUGGGGUCAGAGGGUCAGUAUGGGCAUGGGGUGCAGGUGCACCUGAAAGACCUGAAUGUGUGGUGACUUGAUGUAACUUGCCCUCUUGUUUUCUCCUGUCUCUCUCUCUCUUCCGUCUGGGACUUCCUGAUUCCUGUGUGCAGUCUACUUUUUUACUUGAGAAUGUGCCACCCCCGCCCUGUCCUCCAUUGCCACCCAGACUCACGUCCUUCUCCCUCUGUCUGCUCUCUUCAACAACGCCCCCAUCUGCCUCCCUCCAUCCCGGCCCAGGCUUCUCCACCACCCACUCCUCUGUGCUGCGUCCAUUUGCUCCGUGUCCCUGCACACUGGAAAUGCUGCUCGUGGCGCAGUCUUGACGUCACCACCUGAAAGGCAACAGCUGGUGCCUCCUCCCUGCCCCCUUUCUGUGUAUUCCAGUUCCCCGAGAGCCAAAGAAGGGUUGGAAGGCUGAGAAGUGCGCAGGCAGUUGCCAAGAGGCAGGGGAGGGGAGGUCAUUGGUGCCCGUAGCGUCUCCCAGACAGGCCAGGCCGCUGGCAGGAGGAGGCCCUGGAGAGUUAGAAAGACGGCGGCUUGCUCGGCGCUGCCCUGGUCACCUGCAGCUUUUCUGCUGUCCCAGGCCUGAAGGGGGUGCCGGCGAUUGGUCCAGAGUCUACCGUAGUCUCACGCAAUACCCUGGGUUUUGCAGUUAGUCCUGAUCUGUGAGUUCAAGAGUUUCUAAAUCUCUGGGGAUCUUACAGCCUUUUGCUUUGUUCUCUGUCGGUCUGGAGAACACUUCAUGAUUAUGAAAAUACCGGGACUCCGACUUCCAUCCCGGAGCAGUCCCAUUGCCGCUAACCGGAAGGAGCUCUCUCUUCUUCCCAUUUUCUGCGGCAUUCUAUACUGUUUACGACGCCACCAAAUGAUUUCAUCAGCUGAAGUUGGAGACUCUUAAUUAAUUUUAAUUAGUGGCAAAGAGAAUGGGAAAGCCUGUUAGAGACAGAGAAGCAGUGAUUCAGGGGCCUGCGCUGAAAACAGCAGCUUGUUGCCUCUCCCUAAGGAAGGUCAGGUGCAUGAAGAAGUGUGAGGCUGUUAGAAGGGGGGCUCCCAGGACCCCCUGAAGCCUCUCCUCCAUACCACCCCAGUGUCCUUGCUCAAGGGAGGGGCGGAGCAAGAGGUUCCUCCUGGGGCCGGGCUGGCCUCGAGGACACAGAGCAGGUGGGCAGGUGUGCUUGUGUGUGGCUGUCCUGUUGUGGGUGCUUGUCUGUCCCCCUUCGGAAGCACCCAUUCCCGCCCGGAAUUUGACUGUCCCCCUAUCUUUUCCUCCUGGAUCGGUUUGUGUGUACAGAGAGCGGAGCCUGAGGGUGCGAGCCAGUCACCAUGGGAAGAGGGGCUAAGCUUCAGGAAACCCAGGUGAGGGGGAGGGCCAGCUGGGAACACAAGUGGCGUCCCCACGGCCCACAUUCCCUCGGUCCUCCCAUCCACACGCAGGGGAAGGCUGGGGCCGUGCCGGGCCCAGCCUGGAGGCCCACGUUCCACGCUGCAGCAUUUCACGGUGCAAAACCAUCCUUCCUCUCCUUCCGCCCCGACUUCCCACGGUCCCUUCGUCCUGCCCCCAGGGCGGGACUGAAGAGCUGGAAGACAGCGGUCAGUGUACCCUCCCAGUGGGCCCCUCGAAGGCCUCCGCUCUCCUCUGGGCUCCUCCUUGCCUCAGGCAGGGGUCACCGCUGGAGAAGAACCACCACUGUCCUCGCUGUGCCCCACGCCUGGAGCAAAUCUGCCCUCCUGGCUCCUCCGCCCUCCUAUGGGACACCUUUCCCGGGUUUCUGUCCCUGUGAGGCUCACCAGCUGUAGCUGUCUUGGUUUUUGGGGGGCUGUUAGCCCUCCUACUUUCUUUCUCACCCCUCCCAGGCCCUCUUCUGUGUCUUUGCUAUCCCUUGUCCUCCCCACCGCCCAUGUGCAUGAGCAAAUAUGCAACUGAACCCGGGACUUGGCCGUCGAGUGAAGCCGAGCUUCCCACAUCCCCUUCUCCAGUUUGCCAUGAGAUGAUGUGGGGUGUCCACCGUGUGUCUGUCAUCGCCUCUCUGUCUUUUUUCCUAACCCCAACCUCAUACUUGUAUAGAGUAAUACAGUUGUACUUCCACCAAAGGCAUGUGGCAUUUACCGACUUCAUGUAUUCUCAGCAAAGGCAAAAAAUACAGAUUCCUACCGGUACACCGACUCGGUGGUUGUCUGGG